UCUUUUCUGGGGUUGUUGAAAAAAGACCCGGAAAGUUGAAUCUGUUAAUAAAAACUGCAGCUUUUGCUCGAGCCCUUAAUCUCUGUUUUCUCCUCACGCUCUUUGAAGUUGUUGAUCCACUAUGACUGUGAAGGCCCAGAGGGGAGGUUUGGUUGGUGAGGAUGGGGCUAUGGACCGUUUCCCGGUGGGUAUGCGUGUCCUGGCUGUUGACGACAAUCCAAUUUGUCUCAGAUUAUUGGAGGGGCUCCUUCAGAAUUGCCAGUAUCAAGUUACUACGACCACUCAGGCAGUCGAGGCACUGCUAAUGUUGAGGGAAAGCAGAAAUAGGUUUGACCUGGUGAUCACUGAUGUAAGUAUGCCAGACAUGGAUGGCUUUAAGCUACUUGAGCUCUUAGGGCUGGAAAUGGACCUACCUGUGAUUAUGUUGUCAGGACAUAGUGAUAAAGAGCUUGUAAUGAAGGGAAUCGCCCAUGGUGCUUGUGACUAUUUGUUGAAGCCUGUUCGAAAGGAAGAGCUCACGAAUAUCUGGCAACAUGUAAUCCGAAGAAAGAAGUUCGACUCCAAGGACCAAAACAAGUCAUCCAGUCAAGACAAGGCUUGCCAUGAAACUGGAGAAGGGGGACAGGGGGUUUCACCAGCAGGCAGCUCAGAUCAGAAUGGAAAAUUCAAUAGAAAAAGAAAGGACCAAAAUGAAGAUGAGGAAGAAGAAUAUGAAGACGAUGAACAUGAGAAUGAGGACCCAUCCACCCAAAAGAAGCCUCGGGUAGUUUGGUCAAAAGAGCUGCACGGAAAGUUUGUUGCAGCUGUACAUCAGUUGGGACUUGAAAGGGCUGUUCCUAAGAAAAUUCUUGACCUCAUGAAUGUUCAAGGACUCACGAGGGAAAAUGUGGCCAGCCAUCUGCAGAAAUAUAGGCUCUGCCUCAAAAGACUCAGCAGUACUGCAACCCAACAAGCUAGCAUGGUUGCUGCUUUUGGGGGGAAAGAUUCCUCUUACAUGCGCAUGGGUGCACUAGAUGGGUUUGGAGAUCUACGGUCCUUAGCUGGAUCACGAAGACUCUCAAAUGCCACUUUUUCACCAUACGCACCAGGUGGGAUGCUUGGUAGAUUAAACUCCCCGGCUGGUUUGAGCAUACGAGGAAUUACUUCUUCUGGUCUGGUCCAACCUGGUCACUCCCAAAACUUGAGCAACUCUAUUAGUAAUCUUGUAAAGCUCCAGCCAGCUCUGCCUGCAAACCAAAGUCCAAAUUUGUAUGAAUCAAUUCCAACAUCAUUAGAACUCAAUCAAUUGCAGCAGGGCAAGCAUACUGCUCACAUUGGAGAGUCCAAUCCCAAUAAUGAUCCAACAAGUUAUUCAGUACCCUCUAGCUUUCCAGACACAAGUGUGUCUGUUAGCUCAAUUCAUUCUGAUUCCAUUACUUCAAGCAGUCCUUUGAUAUUACACAGGAACCCACAACAAGCACUUGGUAUGGGAGUAUUUGGAAAUCGGUCUUCUCUUAGUUUGGCUUCAUUGAAUCCAGAAUCUUUUGACAUUGGAAUCUCCUCUAAUUUUCUGGAUGACAAUCGAUGUAGUGAAAGUUGGCAGGUUGCAGUUCAGUUAUCUAAGUUUCCAUCGAAUGAUUUGCCAAUGAGUGAGCCUUUCGAUCAUGGUCAAUUGCAUGCGAAUAACUUGGGUCUUUCUUCUACUAGGCCUGAAAUUGGGAACAGUCCAAAUGAUUUUUCGUCUUUAAGUGUUCUUCCAGGUCCUGCUGCGGAAUUAAGAGGAAAUAUGUGGAACCAAGAAGGCUUGAUUGGAGAUGUUGUGCCAACCAUGGAUUGCACACCAAAGCAAAGGUGGGAAGAACAUAAGCGAGAUUACGACCACAACUUGAAUCUAACUUUCAGUGCCACAAAUCCCACGGUUUCUGCUAAUGUUAUUGUGAGUCCCCUAAGCCAGAGUUUGGACCAAAGUGAUGCAGUCUGCAGUAAAAAGAUGAAUUCAACUUUAUUUGACCAGUUAAAUGGGGCCGCUCCUACUGUCAUGCAGCUCAGUGAGGUUGAGAAAGCUGCCAUGGGAACAAAGAUGAAGCCCAGUGAGGACUACCCGUGGGAGCAAACAAAGUCGCAUGAUGGUUUAGUUCAAAAUAGUUAUGAAUCGUUGAAUGAUAUCAUGGGUGCGAUAAUGAAAGGGGGACAAAACGAGAAUAUGCUAAUGGAUGGAGAGUUUUGGAUUUGAUGCUUACUCUCUAGGAUAAUGUAUAUGAUCAGCCUACACUAGUGCUAAUUCCUGCCGGAUAUAAUGGUGGCGGCAUCGCAGCAGUUUACUCCUGCUCUAUGAGAAACUUGUAUCAUUACGUAAUUUCUUCAUCUCUCUCGUGUAGUUUUUCUUCCCAUCUUCUACUCAUGUUCUGUUGCCAACUUUUAUGUCCUUGCAAGUUGCAAACAGCAAACUCGCAUGUUUUCAGUUCUUUCUUCUGUUUGGAGUAAUGGGCUAAUGGCAUAAUAAGUUAGUCAACUUUCUGUAUAUCAUUUUUUCAUAUUUUCUUCCUUGUUUCCUUUUACAAUUAUUUACGAUGAAAAAACGGACUCUUUAGCUUAA